AUGGCUUAAUCUUUUCAGAACAAAGAUACUAAUAUUGAUCCAUAUACCAGCAUCUAAUAUAGUAAAUAGGAAUUGUAUCAAAUCAAGCAGUAGGUAGUUUAAAUAGAAUAGUUUGAAGAUGUAGAUGACUAUCUUAAGCAUCUUGAAUUAUAAAUAACUUAAAAUGACAAAGCUCAGUAGGAGCUUUAGGAGCUUGAUUAUGAUAUUUGGUUUUAGAAAUAGUCCAAGGCUCCUGAUGGCAGAGUUAACUUCUAGCAAGCUAAGAGAGAUAAGCAAGUUACAAAGAGUCUGUAUAUUAAGAAUAUCGAUAAAAGAGGAGAGAGAAAAGAUUUUAUCAAAUUGCUUUUGCCAUUCUUCGACGAUGAUUAAGCUAAACUUGAAAAUGAGGUAGAUGUCACAAUUAUGAACAAGGGCAGAAUGAGGGGUUAAGGCUUCAUGAAUUUUAAAGAUACAAAUAAGGCAGUUGAGAUUUAUGAUGCCUUACAGGGUAUUGUAAUUGGUUAAAAAGGAAUUUAGAUAGAAUUUAGUGCAUCAGGAAAACCUAAAAGAGUGAAAACUGAAUGA